AGAGCUUAAAGCUGAUUCGGUUACUUGAAAGAUUGAACUAAUGAUUCAAAAUCAUCCAUUCACCAACCCUACAAAAGCAGCAAGACUUAAAAACCAAAGCUUUAAUUUUAAGGAGACUAUGGAGAAGAAGAAAACUACGAUUUUUCUGACAUCAAAGUUAGUUUGUUGGUUGUUAGUUUGGCGGUCAUGUUCAAGAACAACGACACAUUACAUUGUAUAUCUGUCUUAGGCUUAAAAAAACGACAUAAGAUGAUCGAUGUCUUUCUUAUACACUAUGUCUCUCUUCUCAGCUAAUUCCAAUAUGCAUAAACAUUGAAGUGGAAGCAAAGAAACAAGAAAAUGGACCCAACCGAUCAUCCUCAAAUAUUACUUACACCCUCUCAUUCCAUUCCAUCAUCCAACAAUGGAUUCCGAUUUCAGCUCCACCGUCGACACCUCUCGUCCCUUCACCUCCGUCAAAGAAGCCGUCGCCAUAUUCGGCGAACGCCUUCUCCUCGGGGAACUAUACUCUCCAAAGCCCUUCUCAUCAGGCACUCCGGCGAACAGACCAUCUCCAUCACCGUCGCCGUCGCCAUCACCACCGCCGAUGAAAACUCACCAAGACAGUGGCGAGCUUGUUGACGUGAUAAGGAAGCUGGAGGCAGAGCUCGAGAAAACGAAGGCGGAGCUGAAGCUGCUCAAAGAAAGAGGCAGCGAAACCGAGGUAGCGCUGGCAACGCUCAACGCGCAGCUUCACAAAAACAUGUCGAAGUUGGCUCAGGCCGAGGCCGCCGCCGCCGGGAAGGCGGCUGCCGCGACGCCGAGCAAGACGGUGCGGUUUGAGAUCAGCGAAGAUGAGAAAAACAAAAGGGAGUUGGUGAGGAAGAAGGAAGAGUCACAAAGCUUGGGUCACAUUCUGAGUCUUGGAGAAAACGACCAUCUUUUUGGAACCAGAAAAACGAGGAAACACAAACCUAUUAUCCCUCUUGUCGGGGAUUUCUUUUUCAGGAGAAAAUCAUCUUCCACUACUCAUCAUCACAAUCCUCUUUAUGCUUCUCCUUUUUAAUCAUUCUCAAUUUCUACUCACUCUGUUAUGCCUAUGGCUUUGUCUUUUUCUUCUUUUUUUCCCUUGUUUGUAAAAAUUGAACUGGUAAUAUGAGUUUGGUUAAUUUGAUUAA